UGGUGUAGUCCGGGCGAGAGAGCCAGGGAGCCAAUUGAGCUGCGACAACGGCAGGGGGCGUGACCGGCGCCUGUGGCUCCACCCCCAGCGGCCCCGCCUCCUCGGUGGAGAGGGUUUCAGCCGCGGGUGCCGUUCGCUGCGGCGUCUGCGGUCCGGUCUGGAUUCCCGUCCUGGGGCUCUAGAGGUGUCGUACACCCAGGGCGAGGCGGCGCCCCUGGCGGUUUGUGCCGUGAGUGCCUGGGACUGGGAUCCCGAUCCGGGAAAGCCAGCCUUCCCAGGUUCUUUUUGAUUUGGCCGCUCGCUUGCCUUUCCGGAGAGUUUGUGAGAGAUGUGGAGUUAACGAAGUGCCCGGGUGAGGGUAGGAGCUUUGCUUCUGACUCGGGCCGACUGGUUUUCACGCAGUAGUAAAUCAGAGGCCGGUUGUUUGAUCCCACACAAGGAGUCACACGCGGAACUAAAUAACAGUUUUCCAGCGCGCCGCCAUCAGGAACUCUGACUCUUUAGGCAUUUCUUUACCUGCCAGAAUGACUUGAUCCGUUUCCUGGUUUGUAGGAAGCAAUGGCUACAGAGGGUGCUUCCUCAGAAAUCAUAGAAAAACAACGAACAAAGUUGCUCAAGGUCCUCCAACAAGAUCCCGACUCUAUCUUGGACACGUUAACCUCUCGGAGACUGAUUUCUGAGGAGGAGUAUGAGACUCUAGAGGAAAUCACAGAUCCCCUGAAGAGAAGUCGGAAGCUGUUAAUUUUGAUACAGAAGAAAGGAGAGGACAGCUGCUGCUGUUUCCUCAAGUGUUUGUCUAACGCCUUUCCAGAGUCAGCUUCCACCUUGGGCUUAAAGCACGAAGUUCCAGGGCAGGGGACUGAAGAGACUGUGGGGGUGAGCAGGGAUUCCGAAGAUCCCUUUUCUCUUGGGACGACUACUGCAGAGAAUGCUGAGAUAGCAGAGCUCUCAAAAGAGAAAGAACGUCUCAAUCUGGGAGCUCCAGAGUUCUUCACCUACAAGGAAAAUAGUCACAGGGAACCAGCAUUGUCCCCCUGGGAGAAGGAUGAAGGGCAUGGUACACCGCAAGUCACGGCUCUACAUUCAGUCGAAAGAGCUGAGUAUGAGGUUCCAGCAAGCAUUACCUUCUUAAGCCAUGGGCAGAGAUACGAGGAGCCAGAUGAUUCGCUGUACUUAGAAGAAGGGGAACAUCAACAGUACCUUGGGUUCCCUGAAGAUGUCGAAACUGUUUUGGAGGAAGGGGCCGACGAUGACCCACAGGGGUUUAUAUAUGAUAAUGAAGAGGAAUGUGAGAAUGAAGAAUUCAUGGCGUUCUCCAGUGAAGAGAGUAGCUGUUUAGAGACCGACUUCUCAUUGGAAGAGGAGGAGAAAAAGGCUGAAGAAAGAAAAAGAGUGUUUCAACAUGUCCUGUCCUGUUUGAACAUGGAUAGAAGCAAAAAGCUUCUCCCAGAUUUUGUGAAGCAGUUUUCCACAGACCGAGGACAUGAGUGGACGCCCAAGACCCCAGGAGACUUAGCUUGGAAUUUCCUGAUGAAGGUUCAGGCUUUAGACUUGACAGCCAGAGAUUUUAUCCUUAGGCACAAGAUGGUGGAUGAGGAGAACAAAGAAGAAUUGCUGGCUGGAAUAGAGAAGUUAGGAAUUGGAGACACACAAACCAUCAGUCCCCUGGAUGUCCUCUGUGCCUGCAUGCUUUGCGCAGACAGCUCUUUGCAACGUGAAGUCAUGUCAAAUAUGUACCAGUGCCAGUUUGCUCUUCCCCUACUACUGCCUGAUGCAGAAAACAACAAAAGCAUCUUAAUGAUGGGGGCCAUGAAGGACUUAAAGCGGCACAUGACGCAGUCCUCAGGAGGGGCCCCCAGGGAAACAGACACGUUUCUGAGUCUUAUGAAGAUGCCUGUCAUCUCUUUUGUGCGACUAGGUCACUGCAGCUUCUCCAAGUCCAGAAUUCUUAACACACUGCUCAGCUCCUCUCCACAGAAACCACACAGAUUUUUUCUCCAUCAGGAUCUGUGUGUUCCUGUGCUUCCUCGGCAAAUUUCUGAUGGCCUGGUAGAGGUGAUGUGGUGUUUUCCUGACAAGGAGCCAAAGGAGCCAAAGGAGUGCCCACAUGUUUUCCAGAAACCUGUUGCUGUGGCUAACCUUCGUGGAGAUCUAGAAAGCUUUUGGAUGCAAUUUGGUUUUCUGGUGGAAGUUUCCUCUGCUGUGUUCUUUUUCACAGACUGCCUUGGUGAGAAGGAAUGGGACUUGCUAAUGUUUUUAGGAGAAGACGCCAUUGAAAGAUGCUACUUCGUCCUUAGUCCCCAGGCCAAGGAGAGUGAAGAGGCUCAGCUUUUCCAAAGGAUCCUAAAACUGAAGCCAUCACAGCUCCUGUUUUGGGAAGUAGAGGAAGCUGGGGAUGGAAGGAAGACUAUGGAGGCCCUUCACUCUGCCCUCCAGGAAGUAAUGUCCUCUCCACUCAGAUGUGUGUCCCUUGAAGAUAUGGCCUCCCUGGCCAGGGAGCUGGGGAUUCAGGUAGACCAAGACUUUGAAGUUACUCAAGACACUCAGGCUUCCCCCAGAACAAUUGAAGGUGAGGACCAACAACCACGGGGUCAGACAAAAAGCCCAUCUGAAAGCCUAGCUCAGAAGCCAAUCACAGAGCCUAGAACUCAAUGUGAGGACAAUCAGAAUGCUCCCAUCUUCCAUCAGACUCCAGUAUUCAUGCCUUAUCCAGCAUACCCAUGGCCCUUGCCCAGUAAAUCUGGAAGUAACUUUUACCAUGUUCCCUCGAGAGACCCCUGGGUUAUAAGCUCCCAUUUUAGAUCACAGCAGAUGGCUAAGUGGUUCCUUCCAUUCCCCCAUCCCCCAAGCAGAGGUCAAAACUUUGGUAUUAAAUACUUCCAACCCUGGAAAUUUUAUUCAAGGGGAAAAUACCCAAAAUGUUCAGCAACUCCUCAGCAGUAUCACUCAAAGAGACCAUUUGGGAGAUCACAGAGACAGACUUCUCAUGUACAGACCCAUCCUGAGAGCAGGCAGACAUUGAGAAAUCUUCAGAGGUCUGGGACAGAGGUCUCUCAUGUAGGUCAUGGACGUUCUUCUGGCUCACAAGCACAGAAAGCCAUAGGGAAGCCACAGCCUGAGAAAGCCUGUGCCCAGGGGAUGCAGCUGACUAAAGCAGCUGGCAAGUCUAUAAGGACAUUGUCCCAUAUUAAAUAUCCUCACUCUCAGCCCUGUCAGCCAGCAGGAGCCAUUCAAGACUGGAUAAUACCCAUUUCUCAUCAAGGAGCCCAACAAAUAACACAAGGAAGACCUUCGGAUUUAGCUUUCAAACCAGGGUCUCAGUCUACAGCUGGGAGUAAACUUUCAUCUACCCCCAAGUCCAGCUCCCAUCAUCCCAAAUUCCAGAGCAAAUCCCUCCAGCCUAAGCUGUUUCCACCUGUGCUGUCUCAGAAAAAAUUGUCUCACUCACAACCCUCCCAAGCCAAACCCCCUCACCUGAAUCUUUCUCAUGCUAACUCCACUCAUAUGCAGCCUUCCCAUGCUAAACCCACUCACUCACAGGCCUCCCAAACUAAACCCUCUCAUCCAAAUCCCUCUCAUGCUAACCCCACUCAUGUGCAACCUUCCCAUGUUAAACUUACUCAUCCACAGCCUUCCCAUGCUAAACCCACUCAUCCACAGCCUUCCCAUGCUAAAUCCACUCAUCCACAACCUUCCCAUGCUAAACCCACUCAUCCACAUCCUUCCCAUGCUAAAUCUACUCAUCCACAGCCUUCCCAUGCUAACUCCACUCAUGCACAGCCUUCCCAUGCUAAAUCUACUCAUCCACAGCCUUCCCAUGCUAAACCCACUCAUCCACAGCCUUCCCAUGCUAAACCCACUCAUCCACAGCCUUUCCAUGCUAAAUCCACUCAUCCACAGCCUUCCCAUGCUAACUCCACUCAUCCACAACCUUCCCAUGCUAAACCCACUCAUCCACAUCCUUCCCAUGCUAAAUCCACUCAUCCACAGCCUUCCCAUGCUAAACCCACUCAUCCACAGCCUUCCCAUGCUAAACCCACUCAUCCACAGCCUUCCCAUGCUAAACCCACUCAUCCACAGCCUUCCCAUGAUAAACCCACUCAUCCACAGCCUUCCCAUGCUAAACCCACUCAUCCACAGCCUUCCCAUGCUAAACCCACUCAUCCACAGUUCUCCCAAGCUAAGCCCUCCCCAUCCCAAUCUACUCAGCUCAAGGCACAUAAACCCCAUCAGUCCCAAUCUAAGCCUUUUCAAUCAAGACCCACUCAACCUAAAUUAUCCCAGACCAAGCCUUCACAAGCCAAGGCCUUUCACCCAAGAGCAGGGAGACGUUAAAAUACAUACUCUAGAGAUCUAGGAAGUAUGGUCUUUGCAUAAGUUAUUUUCAUAUAGCAGUCUGAAGAAAACUUUCAGUGAAAGACUGAUAAAAGUAGCAAGACAGAAAAAAAUUAUGCAAAGUCUUAAGUGCAUAGCAAAGUACUUAAGUGUGGAAAAUAUGAAAGCAGUUAAAAAUAGGAUCUGGUUCGGCAAGGUGGCACACACUACAGGGUUUAGCUGUGUCAUCCCAACUCAGGAGAAGCCCGCAGAUCUCUCUGUGUUUGAGGCCAGUUUGGUCUACAUAACAAUAACAUAGCAAGUUCUAGAUCUACAUAAUGAGACCCUGUCUGGGGACAAAAGGUUUGGAUCUAACAUCAAACCAAAGAGACCAGUCAGUAUUCCAGAAGGCAUCAUUAAUUACACUCAGUAGGUAUGAAAACCAAACCAACCUCUAACCCUCCAAAGGAGCAGGAAGGAGUGGGUAGGGGUGAGGCUGAGCAGGAAGGGAGAAUGUAACCUCCCUCAGCCAAAAGCUGGCUGAUUCAGACCUUGCCCUUGCCACAAAGCAGCUAGCCCACCUAGGGUGAGGCUUCCUGAGAUAAAGCCCUUUUAUUCUGCCACUUCUCUGCCUCUCUCGAAGUUCCUGCUAGGAGCUAUGCCCUGCUGAGCUGCUUCACCUGCCUCCAGGACUGAACAUCAGGAUGCUAAUUUGGCCACAAGAUGCUGGCUUACUGGGGGAUGGGUUUGCCUGCCUAUUUAAUUCCCAGAUUAAAAAUACACAUCCGACUUUAAUCAGAAA